AUGGCAAGGCUCACUGAAGAUGCCGACUACGAUGUCGGCGAAACGUCCGGCAAUGUACCAAGGCCACAUUCCGACUGUAUAAAUGCUUAUGCACACAAUGGACUCCGGACAAGAUGCAUUCUUCUUAGUCUUUCUGCUAAUAUGGCCACGUUUCGAAAAGAAGGGACAAAAGCUCACGUUCGAGGUCUUUUGCUUUCAGAAACUUCCUUGGCUGAUUCUCCUCUUGCAGGGUUAGGACUUGUCACAGAAGCUUCCGGUGGAAAUACUCAAAAGCUUGGUUUAGAGACUAUCGACGUUCUGACAGCAGCACCAGGCGGUUUGGCUCGUGAAGACGUAGCCUCGUUUUGGUACAGUGAGGUCGAGAUGACUACACACAUGGGGCCUUUGCGACGCGUUUGGAUGGGGCCGCAAUUUACUUUCAAAACUUAUCAGGAGUCGUUGGUAGGAGUUACUUUUUAUUUUGCCACAUUUCAUUAUUAA